GCGGAGGCAGCGGCGGCGGCGGACACGGCACCUGACGGGAACCACCAAGACGAUCGAGACGCCGGCAAAGCGUGUGAAGUGUCGCGAAGAAUUCCAGACUCUCACUUGGACUGUGCGCUCUCGAGGCUCGAACGAAAUAAUUGGACCCUAGCUUGCUACCUCGAAAUGUAAACAGCCCUGGACAGAAGCGCUAUUGGGAUGUGAUUGAGAAAUAGUUGUACUGCUUUUGGGGGAAAAAAAGAGCAGAGAGACUUGCGUAGUUGGAUGCGUUCUAGGAAAGCUGGAGGGCCUGGAUUGUGAUGUCCGGGACAGUAGUACGAUAUUAGUGAUUGGCAGAUGCGGAAAGGCUUAGCAGCUGUACCUGUGGAGUUGAGAAGAUCGUAGGUGUGCAGCAGUUUUGUGAUACGAUCCUAGAGCAGUUCCUCCAUCAGACAACAGAAGACAAAAUUAGGAGGUUGGGCAGAAGAACCAUUGUGGGUGUCUGGUGCUGCAGAGUGUUGUCGCACUAAUACACAGGAGUGACUGGAGGGAAGAUUGUGCCAGUUGGGAAGUUGUUCGAGAGGAACACUGGAGAAGACACGGAAGCCGCGCUCAUCGCCAGCAGUGGCGUCCAAGUCGGCGCCGGCGGCAGAGCACUUCCGGAGGCUGCCGACCGGAAAAGCGGGCCCGGCGGCGUGUGACGAGCGUAGCUUUCCCCGCGGAGGGCAUGCGGGCUGUGCCCCGAGCUGCAGAAAGGUACCGGGCAGGCGCUCUUGCGCUCACGCGACCAUGGGCGGCGCCGGCGCUCUCCCGCUCCUGGCGCCUCUGCUUCUGCUGCUGGCCCUGUGGACCGCGGUAGGCGCGGCUGCAGAGGAGGGCCCUCCGGAAGACGACUACCGCGGUCCGCCGCCCAGCGAGCACGAGCUGCCGCGAGACGUGCCUACGAGGCCGCUCAACUACCGGGCACCGGGACACUGGGCCACGCCGGCUCCCGAGUCCGGCAUACAGCUGGGCUUCGUGCCGCAGAGGCUAUACGCGCAGGUCCGGCACUCUGACACGGUGAAACACCUGCCGCGCAGCGCGGCGCUGGCCGAGGCGAGAACGGCGGAGGAGGUGGCAGCGGCGCCGCGCCUGCGGGAGGUGCUCAAGUCCAAGAAGCUCAGCGAGAUCUACUCCGAGGAAGGCUACGAGGACUCCGCCUACGACCACGCCGGGCACGAGAAGAACGCCGAACAGGAAGAGGACUACGAGCGCCACGAGGACGGGCGCAAGAGGACACCGCCGCGACGCCGGCGUCCACAGUCACACGACCAGCACCACGAGGGCAGCCAGCUCGUGGAGGCGGCGCGUGUGCCACCUGGGGGAGCUGCCCGGGUGGACGCAGACGUCGACGCCGCCCCUGCCGCUGCCAUAGCCACACCCGUAGUGCGGCACAGCAUGGUGCACAAGGCCAGUCUCGUCAUGUCCAUGGAGGACUCGGACGACGGCAGGAAGCCCAACAAACUGGUAGCUGGCUACACACAUGUCAUCAAGCAUCCGGCCCAGCCACCGGCUCCCUUUACCUCUACUGCAGUCGAUGACCGGCUCUCCGUAGCAGCCAGUACUGUACCACCAGCCAUCCAACUUGCCAAGGCAGAGAAUAGUCGCGUACCGAUUCCAAUAAGGCUACAGAUUUCUAGACGCCAGGAUGCUGUUCCACCAAAUACUAACCCAACAAGUUCCGAAGUCAAUAUAAGGGAGCAAACCAGUGCAGCUGGUGAGAGUGCACAAUCUGACCCACCAACAUCUGGAUCACCGGAAGAGAAUGACGACUCAGGCGUCCGCGAGGCGUCAAAAUGGGAGCCUGCCAGGAAAUCACCUCUGAGAUCAUCGAAAAUUCCGAUAGCGAUCAAAGAACCGACAAAUGAACCAAUAGAUAAGGCAGAUACAAGAAAACGUAAUCAACGACGGAGGCGACCCGCCAGCAACGCGCAGGACAAAAAUCCAGAUGUAAAAUCUGAAGUAGGUAACGCUCCACGCACCGAAAAGCCGAUGCAGUUGGCUUCAAAGCCCAAGAUAAUUCCUGAACAACACAAAGCUGCCUCUGAUAAGUCAUCUCAAGAGAAUCAGGUCACUAAGAAACCCAGCAACUUUCGCCUAGUAAUAGAAGACAGAUUCUCUGAAGAGAUGACUCCUUCAGAGUUCAGUAAAUUCAUCGCAGACGCCAUUGGCACCAAGACUGAGACAUCUAGCACAUCGCCAGAGCUACCAAAGGUGCGUCAUGCCAGAAAUCACGCCACUGAGUAUAGACCAGUUAAGGAGCUCCUUACUGAAGAGUCGAGUAGCCCUACAGAAUCAAUGCUAGACACAAUGGAGGCUGCUUCAUCAGAGGUAAGUGAAAUCACUGAGGCUGUAGAAACGGUACUACAACCGACCUCUUGGCGCGUGUACCGACCCAGGGAGAGUAACACCAUGGUGGUGCAACGAGCCAGUAGCGAUCAGCAUGUACCGCAAUUACUGGGAGAGAGUGGUCGUGCUGCGGACAACGUUGCAGACCCUUCUGCUUGGGCCUUCCCGGACCUCGCCCCUGCCAGUGAUAGCACUGAGGGCUUCUCACAGCAGGUAGUACCGCAGAACUUCUUCAACCAGCCCUACUGGUACCCACGCCCCUUCACUCUGCCUGUGUCGCAGGUGGCAGAGUCCAGAGUCGACUUACACAUUACAGAGCCAGAACAAGCUGUUGAAGACCAGGAUCAAGAAGCCCAACAGCUGGAGGAGACGAAGGUGGUGCAGCCUGUAACAUGGCCCAGUCUAGAUGGCGCCGAUGAGAUAAUCAUUUUCAUAAAGACCAAAAGUAGAGCAACUAAUGACACUGGUAGGAGUGAUGUAACUGGAACAGUGCCUACUCCGCAGAUGGAAAUGAACAGGACUGCCAACAGUUCCUCGUUGGAGACUCUGGAUACUCUCAGUUCCUCUUAUGUCUUGCAAGCUCCAGUAUCGCACGUGGAGCAGCAGGAUCGGUCACCAGAAAAUAAAGAGGAAAACCAUGAAGAACCAAAGUUACCAGUGUAUAUCAGCCGAGGGCAUCUUCGAGACAAUAGCAGUUACAAUGAGACAGCAGACAGUGUUCCGAGCAUAGACCCCGCUGUAGGGUUAACACAAAAUACAAGUGACAAUCCACGGAUCGAUAGCUCGUCUGAUCAUGCUAGAGAGCUGGAGCACUACUCCAAACAUUCGAGACCACUGAAUAGCAAAAUUGACUCUCCAGAGGAGCUGACACAACCCUCAGAGGAGACCACUAUGGUUAUAACCACUACUUUAGACAAUGUCAGUGCAACCGACACAGAGGGAAGUGUCACAACUACAGCAGCUUCUCAGUGGGAUACACCAUACAAUACAGAAGCUGACUACGACAAAGAAUCUAUCACAACGACUAUUAGUCCAGAGGAACUGAGCAGCACUGAUGCUGAUCAUCUUCUUGAGGCUUUGCAACUGGACAGCUCGUCCUUCGGUGUGCGGAAGUCGGCACCUCGGUCAAGGUAUACGAAUGUCCAACUGGAGAAAGCCACAGAUGAAACUGGCCAGCACGAGAAAAAUGCCGCAGAGACGACAACAGUUGCCAUUCCAAAGGAUACCGCCAACCACAACGACACUGAAGAUGAGAAAAUCUCCACAGAGCCUGCUGAAGAAAGAAUGAACGAAACAGACAGCGAUUUGUCGCUGGAGACACUUCAUACAGACAGCACGUCCUACCGAAGAUGGCAGCCGACACCGUACUCGAAACAUCCAAGUCUGCCACUAGAAAGCAGUCUACAUUUGUCAGUGGAACAGGAGCCGAUAGCGGCUGAGACAGCACCUACCCCCGAGACUCGACCCAGUGAUAACGACUCCAAAGGAACGGGAACUGGAAAUAGUGAUGGCCUGGCUACCAAAUCACAAGUACGCGGUCGGGGAAGAGGCACCAGGCUACGUAUUUCCUCCAGGUACGUCGCUGCCAACCUCACCACCACGACCACUACCGCCCCAGAGAUGGUCACUGACGAAUCUAAGGCCACCGAACCUACCUCCACAGAAGCGAGUCUACGAAGAAGUCUUCAAGUAAUACCGCUAAAUGGCGGUAGGAGACCACAGUACGAUGUGUUAGAUCAGAACACAACACCAAAAGUGCACAAUGCUACUGAUGGAACGGUUUCAACCACACCAGAACCCGAAGACCUAAGUCACAUGCAAGUCACAGUAAGCAGUAAAGAAGUCUUGAACGUUAAGGAAACAGCAAAUUUCGGAGAGUAUUUCAGUUCUCGAGGAUUCUGGGGACCGAUCCAGCACCUUGUUCAAGAAACAGCACCUGUUGUGAAAUACCUACAUCCAAAAAUUGACGUCAUACUGCCUAUUAGUACAACGGCAAGUACCAGCUCUGUGGAGGCACUGCAGCCAACCACGGAAAUUUCUAGUUCUAGCAGUAACAAAUCAGAAACGGGUAAUAUGCUUACAGACGCAGCGGUAGGAAAGCCUCGAACAAUAACAGCUACUACGCUCCAAUAUCAUCAGCUGCCGUCAGUGAACAACGCGACAAGGAAAAUUCUCGUAAAUAACCCCCACGAAAAUAGUUCCCAGCAAGCAAAUAUCACUGCUCAUCUCACCUCAGCACAGUUUUCUCAACCUAAUGUGCAGACCAGUGGGAAUGGAAAUCAUACACUUAGCGAGGCUCUCAACUUAACUGAGUUGCAAGACGUGGUGUCUCCUUAUUCGACAGUGACGGGCAACAUUUCCGAAGGGCAAUCUGAAACAAAAGUGUCAGGCGAGAGGUAUGUCUCCGGAAAAGAUGGCAGGUAUCAUAAGGUUAUCAGCAGACGUCCUGCCAGUGAUACGUUAGUGGCCGCCUCUUCACAGUGGGCCUCCUACCUCAUAAGUCCACUACAACCUCAAGGGUUCACUGACAACCAAGCAGCGUCAUCUGUGAUUAACUCUGAAGAUGAAAAUGAUAUGCGAGCAGAUGAAGAAGGGGAAGAAGAGCCCACUCAGGAAGCACAAGACAGACAGGACUAUGUUGACGAUACAGAAGGUGACAUUCGUGAGAAUAGUAGCGGGCUCGAAGAGGAUAGUGCAACAACAGGCUCUGUUGCGGAACAUAAUGAAAGCAACCGCGGAAAACGAAGGUACUUGGAGUCUGAAGAAGAAGAGCAACGACUAGAAGAAGAGGAAAAGGAACUGGAUGCUCAGAAAGACCGCGAAGUUGAAGAGAAACAAAAAGAGUGGGUAGAAGCAAUAAAAGAGAUCGACCACCCUAAAGUUAGGGCACCAUUCAACAACGUGAAAUAUCCUUUUUAUUAUGGUGUACCCAGUGGAACACUGUCCGCUUAUUCCCCAAUUCGCUACGCACUUAACCCUCAUGCCGUUCCUCAGAAGACGGCGGGUGGCAUGGAAUUCUACGAUUCUCGAGAAGCUCUGGUGCAGUGUCCUGAAGUUUCUCCAAACCUGAAGAAUGUAGUUCCAAAACGUCGCCGACCUGGCGAGUGGAACAAGAGACCAGUGCCCAAGUCCCUGCCGAGGCUCAGAGGGCUGGGAGACAAGAUCGAGUGUCUCAAAGUGAAAUACUGGGGAGCAGAACCACUGGACAGCCCGUUUUUCAAAGAAGGAGAUAUAGAAAAACAAGAGGAAGCGAGUUCUCAAGUCGAAAGUAUACGUGAUGACGGCUCGAUGGGUUUCUACGGCGAAAUCCUAGGGAACAUUCGUAACAUACAAGCUCUCGGAAAUAUAAAAUUUAGUCUACACGGAGGAGACAGUAGUUCGUCACCGUCCGUCGGCGCUCACAAUUACCAGAAUCAAGCCCCUUCAAAUACUUCGCCUCACAACCAGAAUAAUUACCCAAAUGUAGUGACAGCUACGUCUGAUGGCAGAAAGCCUCCAACUCCAUCCGAGGAGCUGACCCCACCAAAGCCUCUUCGUGCAGGUGGUAGGCAGUAUAAUCCUCAGACAACAGCAGUAAUUUCCAAUGCCAAAGACCAGCCAGAACCUCUACCAGCGCGAGUACUUUUAUCACAGCAGAAAAGCGUUCCGUCGCAUUUCCCAGACAGCUCGAACGUUCGUUCCGAAAAUGGGUUACAGCCACAGAAAAAUCCCAGUCUUGGGCCAGUAACAUUUCUCCCCAUACAGUUUCAAGGCUACACAGCCGUUGUACCACAGGUAGGAUACAUAGGAAUCAGCCCUCCCCCUGCUCCACCUACACAGACACCUGCUCAAGCACAGCUGUUGGUGGAGCAGCUCCUCGCACAGGUUCCUUCACGAGCACGGUCGGAGCAGGUGAUAGGUCUGCGACCACCUCCUCUUCCACCUGCAAGCCGUUUUGUCGCCUCUCCCUCGCUGCCAAGGAAAAUCGGAGCCAUUCCACACAGGGGUCUCCUGACUGUAGCAGCUGCCGCCCCCUUUGAAGACAGUAUGGCGAGCGAUUCUCAUCCGAUGGCAGAGGAGGAGCCGAUGGAAGCUUCUGCGAGUGACACUGUCGCGGCCGUGGUGAGUGUUGACGGGGAAGCCGUGCCCGUCCAGGAGAGCAACCAGUCAGAAAAGGAGUGGCCUGACCAACAUGCAAUAAGUAGCCAGUUGGUAGAACAAAGCCGCAGGGUAGUCUACCACGAGCAGACGGCGAUGAGGCCGGAAGAGGAUGAGCAAGUGCAGACUGCACCCAGAAGUACACGACGAAAGGAGAGCAGGGCGCACAGAACCACCAUGGAGACUUCCCAGAAGCUGUACACACACUACGGCGACGGUGGAGAGGGUCAGGAUGUUACCAGGCGCGGCCGCGGACACAGGAGACGUCAGAGAGUGAGACCUGAAGAACACGCAGCACCGUCUGGAAGUACAGAAUAUGUAGAGCGUCCAAGAAACCGCAGACCAAAAGCUCACCGGGCAGGACGCAGAAAUAACUUAAUACAGGGUUCUGCAGAGCAGCGGGGGAGAGACUACUUGGACGCUAGCAUCCCGGUUGAAACACCGACAACUAUAAAUCAGCGAGGAAGACCUGCACAACGUCGACCAACAUCAUGGAGCUACGACAAGAGACGGGGAGAGCCACGCUAUGAAGACGCCAAGGCCGAUAUUUACAGCAAAAAUUUGCUCACGGAGACUGAGAGGAGGGGUUCAAAUUCUUCAGGGAUUGGGAAUGGUCAAGUCCCAACCCUGGAUAGCGAGAAACAGAAUGUAGUGACCAGCACUGAGGAGACAGCUUACGAAACCGGCCGGCAAACAGCUUCAUCGGAAGCACCGUUGGCGACUUUUCACGUAGCAUACAACGGAGGAACCAGGUGGGGGAAACAGGAGAACCGGCGAGGAAAAAAUAGGGACGAUACUACUGUCGACAGGGAAUCGGGCAGCGCCACCAGGCUCAAAGAUGACUCCAGAGAGAAUGACAUCAGCACUCUUUACAAGUCUGAUACUGUGCCGACGAUCACUGGAAAUGUACCCUCGACAAACACAGUCGAGAAGUUAAAAGACUUGGGUCUUUGGCUCAGCCCUUCACAAAUUAACAACGUUAUAAGCAGUUUCAUCAGCAAGCACAAGACUCUAGUGGAGAGUACCUCUGAACUGCCAGAUCAGUCAAAUCACAUAACGGAAUCUUCUACAGAAAGCACUACAGCUGAACCGCAGAAGCUGCCAUCGCCUCGAAGGAACAUUGACAGAAAUCUGCUAGGAUCUCCUCGCACCAAAGCUGAAGAUAUACCGCAGGUAACGACAGAGUACGUAAAGCCAUUGCGCCUCAUUAGCUUGAGGAAGAGCAAUGUUAUUCCAGAACUAGUCACCAGUACGGUUACACCUCCCGAGUAUUAUACCACUGAGAGGCGAAAGAGACCCAAAUAUAAAAAGGUCAUACCAUUUAGUGCUACAGAAAAUUCCGAGGUUCAGUCUUCCACGGAAACAGCUCCAGUAGUGAAUCACGCUCGUCAGAGGUACGACCCAACUACAGGCAGCCCACAAUAUGAACCAGAGCGGACUCAAGUAGUUUCGGAAAACUAUCCAACAGUGACAUCAGUUCGGCAAAGAAGUAGACUGCCGACAAAUAUGCGAAGAAGGAAAUAUGAACUCCUUAGCAACGACAAUACGCACGAGACAACGACAGAAAGCAUAGCUGGUGCUAAGGAUAGGCUGCAGGUGACACGAUGGCAGAAGCAAGAAUCUAUGAAGGUUGAUGGUACACAAGACUUUUCUACAGAAAGUACAGUUGAUAGGAAAGAAAGUGUGCCUGAGACACGUGCAAACAGAGGGAAUUCACUUCGCACCAGAUUGGGUUCGGAUGCACGUAGAUACCAAUACGCACAUGGCAAUGAUGGCAAUCAACCAGUCUCUUCCACAGAGCCUACUGUUUGGAGUGGAGAUAAACAGAUAACUGCGGAUAUCCUCCCAGAGAAGCUGAUUCGUAACAAGCACCGCCAUCCAGUUGACCAACGGAGGCGCCAGAACGAAUACGAAACAGAUAUUACUGUUCGCAGGGAUCGUCCAGUCCAGAAACUCGUUCAGGUAUCAGUGGCGCAGCCCACAGAAAAUCAGAGACAGCACACUGCAGGUGGUAUAGCGGGAGAGGCGACGGUUGACGCGGAAGCAGCACCAAGGCGAAUACAGCUUCGUCCACGACACCAAUGGCGGCGCCUGCCCGCUACCAAGACCCCGCCCAACGUACCUGAAGAGCCGGCUACAGAGGCUACACACCACAUAAGAGGUCAACGUGGCAGGGCGCGGGCGGAAAAUGCCCUCCAGCGAUCACCAUAUGGUAUGACUACUACCGCGACACCACCUUCCACCACUGAGAGCUCUAGACGUAUCAAGGCUGUAGAGCACCGACGUGUCACGAAAGAGGAGAUUUUUACCAGGACCUACAUACCUGAUGACAACCUAGCCGACGAACUCGUCGAGCAGUCUGAGAGGGACAUUGUCGUUGAGCCAUACCACACCCACACUGAAGAAGUAGAAGAAGAAGAAGAAGAGGAUAUUUACGAGCCUUAUGAGUCGCUACAUUUCGACAGAGACUAUGUCCUGUAUCCAGACAAUCGUCUCUCUGAGAACGACGGCGAGGACACUGGUGACUAUUACGAUGACGAAUACGACGCAUAUGAUGAGUACGAUGAGGAAGACAACUCUACAGGUAAUAAAAAUCUGGUUAAAUCAGAUACGAAGGGCACUGCAGGAACGUCAGGUACGUCCAGCGAUCGUGACACUACGGUAAGCGUAACAGGGGACGAAAUAUCGGAGGAGAAUAUUGAACCUCCUACCACAACGCCUUUGUCGUCAUCGAAGUUGCAUCGUACUCUUACAACACAGAGACCGAGGGAGUUCACUCGCCGAGUAGAUAAGGUAUUAGAUUCAGAAACUGAUUCCGAGCUUUCCCCUACGAGUGUUACGGGGCUCACAAAGUCUGCUAAAAAUUCAGGGGAAUCUAAAAGCGAAAGCGAUAGGCCAUACUUUAGACCACAAAACAGCCACCAGACUGGAAGGGAAGAGAAAGUGUCUUCUGGAAGCAGGUAUUCUACAAGAGCACGUACUUCAAAUGACCAACACCCGAGAGCGAUGACUGCUUCAGUGGAAGAGUCUCAAGAGAAUUCUCCUACUAGUAUUACAGGACUGAAGCAGAGGCGCUAUCCUUCGCGUAGAUUUCCUGUGAACGAAACUGCUACAGAUGCACCAGACUCAUCUAAGCGAAAACAAGUGGGCUACCAUGCCGCUAGUGGUGACGGACGAAGGAGGAAAGAUUUUAGAUACGAGACGAACAUUGACACUGGAGGAGACUACAGGGAGCCAGUAGGUCGAAUGAAGGAAGUGACGACAACUGAAGCUCCAGCCAGAGAACUCUACACGCCGACGAUUCCGUCCUACAAGCAGUCGACGACGAAGAAGACAGAACCGGGACGAGGGACUGGUGGACUACUUACUUAUUCAGUCGAUACCGAAACUGGCGUUGGUAUGUGGCUGCCUGAAGGGGUGGAACGGGUAAUAGAGAGGCGACCGAAGGCGUCGCGAUUGACAUGGAGAGAGAGGCCUAAGAAAAACGAGAAUGAAGAGGUGUCAGGCGAGGGGAGAACGGAAAAUGGAACAACGGCAGAAGCACGUAAUCACCUACGCAGCAGUCGGCGUAGACAGAGUGGGCCAGAAGACGCCACAGAGAGACAGACAGACGAAUUGAAGGCAAGUGGCAGCGAAGGGAGCAAGCUCGCAACGGAUAUGGAAGCGCAAGAAGAAAGUCCUACUCUAGUUGGGCUGUCGAGAGAACAGCGACCCGCUACUGGUUCCAGCACCAGAGUGGAGGUCUCCGCAGUGGGAGACGCUUCAGACGAGGAUUCGACGUUGCCAAAAGGGUUGAGGGGUAAACCAGGCGGCCAGCAGUUGUACAAGGCGUACAUGGCAUCGUUGUACGACAGGUCCGGUACCACUGACGUCACCGAGGCGCCGCCAGCUGCUGACGCAGAGGACAUACUCUCCGAACACCAGGUGUACAUACUGAGCAAGAUCCUGAGUGCCUUGCCACCGCGACAACGUGCCGGCAUCGUCAGGGGCAUGGUCACCGGCCUCAACGGGGAUUCACUACCUGCCGUCUUCGAGAAGGAUCGAGUCAGGAGGAGGCAUUAUUAUGGUGAAGAAGUCGAGAAGACUCCAGUGGAACCAGCUGCUAGCAGGACCACGGAGAGGCGAGAAGAAACCUGAGGACUAAGUCGUACAACCUAAUAUUGUUAUGUACCUUAAUGCUGUAGCUGUAAAUAGUUACAUGAUAUAUCAGAGUGGACUGUAGCUUUGUGUAUUAUACAGAAAAGAACCCAGUUGAAUGUUAAUAUAUCGUAAGUUAUAAUUCAUUUAGGUUUCAGUGCGAGAGAGAAAAAACUAUCGCGAAAAGUGUUUGAUGAGGGAUCUCUAUACUCAGGCUGUGUAUUAGCAUGGCAUCAACGCUUUUCCAGUGUCAGACUUUCGACUAGUGGUGAGAUAAUUAUUACGGAAAGGAUGCUGCGGGAGUGCUUUACGGCCUUUUCAAAAUUUAAUAAGCGCUGUAUGUAAACGUUGAUUGUAAAUAGCCAAUAAGAUUUUAACGUUAUAGUUCAAAGCAUUUAUUUGUACAGGCAGAGGUAAAUAAAUGUAAUACCCCAAUAA